AUGUCGCAUUUAUACCGUUGUCCGGAGGGUCUCAGCCUGAGACCCACAAGAUGCACGAAAGGCCGAACAGCGUUUCACCUUGGUCGUAAGCUUGUAGGCCACAUAAAGGCCGCUGAGGAUGGUGAUCGAUCAGAUAAAGCUCUAUCCACGUUGGACUCUCUACUUGGAUCGGAAAACGAUUCAGGUGGUCCAUCAUCGGUCGGCCGCGACCCUGCUCUUGUGGAAUGGUGGCGCAUACGGCCGCGUCAAGCUGCUCCCCCCCGCACUACAUCCAUCUCCUCCUCCGUCAAUCCCUCCGGCCGCUUCAUCGCCAAUGAGGAAAUGCUGCGGAACGAGGUCCGGGCGGGCCGCAAGACCCUCCCUGGACAGGCCUUGGAGCUGCCCAAGGUGGUGCCGUACGCGUCCUACAUCAUCGCACUAAUCCACGCGGCAGUGUACGGCACGUUGGUACGGGUGUACGUCACGCAGGGUGCAGAUGCAACUUCGGAGCUCCGCGAAGGCCUGGAGCUCAGUCGCUCGGCGGUGGUUGACCAGGCGGAGGUCUGGCGGCUGCUGAGCGGCUGCUUUGUCCAGGCAGAUCUGCUGGGUCUUGCUGUCGUAUUGUACGGCAUGUUGGUGGUGUCGCCGCGCGUCGAGGCGUCCCUUGGGUACCGCACUUUUAUGGCGGCGUACGUGCUGUCAGCCAUGGCCGCCGCCGACGUGUUGCUCGCGCUUACGGCCGCCAGUGGAGACACCGUCGUAGCCGCAACGCAGACCGCUGCGGCGGCGGCAGCCGGCUCCGGGCUGCCUGCCGGGCUGCUGGAAGCCAUGAUGCAUCCCGGAAGUCAUGACACCCUGGCGGGUGUCGUUGUUGGGGACCCCGGGGCGGUGUACGGCGGCUUGGGGGCGGCUAUGGGCCUGGCGGGCAGCACGGUGGCGCAUCAGCUAAUUAAUGGAGACGUGGAGCGCCAAGCCAGCGGCAGUAGCAGUGGCAGCACGGGGCGCGGUGCCGGCGGCGGCAGGGGUGACCUUGGGGAAGGCGGUGGUGCGGCGGCAGUGGUUGGUUUGGAUGCGGUGCGAACCGGGGUGCUGCUGGCGGGAGCUGCUGCGGUGGUGCUGCAACAUGUGCUGGAUCCAGGCGGGGCGGCAUUGGUGGCUUCACUGGGCGCGGGCUUUGGAACAGCUGGACCCCGAUACCAGGUUACGCGGGAAGUGGAGCUGCCGGACGGCUCCAUGUGGAUCCCAGAUCCGGACUUGGUGACGGAGGUUACGGUAGUUUUAGACCAAACUACGUCCAUCCAACGCACUUUGGCAACAGCGACACUGGCUGCGGUUGUCUCCAUUGCCACAAUAGUGGUGCUGUUUGGAA